GCUGGAGAGAUGCCCGGGGCGGGAUGUGCUCCAGCCGCAAGAUCCUGUGGAGCCUGCUCCUGCUGUCCGUGGUGGAGGUGGGCCUGGGCGUGGCGAGCAUCGUCCUGGGAGCCGUGGGCAUCAGCUGGGUCCGGGGCGAGCACAAGCCGCAGCAGGGCGACGCGUCCCCGGUCUGGAGCGGACUCUGUUUUCUGGUCUGUGGGAUGUGUGGAGUGCUGUGCGCUCGGAAGAGGACGGGACUCAUUAUGAUCCUUUUCUCGGCGUGCUGCAUCUGUGGUCUGAUCGGUGGGAUCCUCAACUUUCAGUUUGUUCGAGCGCUGAAUAAACGCCCGGGCUCCACGCAGUCGAUCCACCUGGCCGCCAUGACUCUGGCCUGUCUGGGGAUCUCAUCCUGUACUUUGUCCACGUGGCUGACCUGUCGCCUGGCGAGCUCUGAACAACAGAGGAUGUUCCUGGAGCGGGAACACUCUCUGCACCAUUCGCACGAGAUGACCGAGAAGGAGGUCCUGGACAACUCCAGCAAUGGCAUUCCCCAGAUCUCCUACAAUGGACACACCACAGCGUCACCAUGAUGAUAAAAAGCCACGUGCACAAAC